UUGCUGCCAGUUAGCGUAUCUCUAGGAAAGCUUUUUUUAUCUUUUUAACAUUCAGAUAUCACUUUGUUUGUUCUGUCAACACUUAUCAUACCAGAGCCUGCUACCGCCUUCUCCAAUGUGCGUUUGUUUACAGUCGUAUUGAAGACUUACGGCCAGCAGGGGGAGCAGUCUUAAAACGCAACGGUGUGAGGUUUGAUCCCGGCGGGAUUCCGUACACAGACGUGCACAUUGGCUCAUACGCUUUGUUUAGAUCUCAGAUAGUCACUGGGGCUGCUGGGGGGGUUGGGGCAACUAAUCCCAGGGAGCACAGAGGUACCAAGGGCAACUAAAGGGCAACUAUGAGUGUGUUACUGAGGUACCUGCACUGCUCCCCAGCAUGGAGGGUGCUGAGACCUGCUGCUCCUGGGAUGCAAGCAGGUGGGAGGUUCCGGUCCAAUUACGCAGCGGAGGAAGGAAUAGAAGAAGAGAUCCAGUUCGCCGCAGCGAGGCAGGAAGAUCCCAGUUCCCUGUAUUCCGAUCACAUCCCCACCAAUGCGGUGCAGAAACUGCUGCUGUCGGCCGGCUCAGCCGUCAUGGCCUUGUAUGACCCCUACAGGCACGACAUGGUGGCAGUCCUCGGAGAGACCACAGGAGCGGUUGCUUUACGAAAGCUUCGGGACCAAAUGAGAAGGGACCCAGAAGGAUUACAAAUACUACAAGAGCGGCCCCGUAUUCGCAUGUCUACCCUCGAUUUUCAGACAUUACGAGAGAUGCCAGACGGGACCUUCGGCAGAGAAUAUGCCAGAUUCCUCGAUGUCAAUCACGUUACCCCCGACACCCGAAUGCCGGUAAAGUUUGUGGAUGAUGAAGAGCUGGCGUACGUGGCGCAGAGAUACCGCGAGGUCCAUGACCUAAUGCACACACUGCUGGGGAUGCCAACCAACAUGCUGGGUGAGGUUGUGGUGAAAUGGUUCGAAGCCGUACAGACCGGGCUGCCCAUGUGUAUCCUGGGGGCGGCGUUUGGGCCCCUCCGCCUUAACAACAAGCGGAUGAAGAAGCUGGGGGUGCUGGUCCCGUGGGCGGUACAAAGUGGGCGCAACGCCAGGUGUGUCCUCAACUUCUACUACGAAAAGCGCUGGGGGCAGUCCGUGGCGUCUCUCCGGGAAGAGAUCGGAAUCUUGCCCCCGCCGGAGAUCAAAGCUUGAGCCCCAGGUCGGCUUCAGCCAUGUUUUUUCCCCAUCAUGCUGUGAAAUAAUCCCAGAUGAGGAUCCUGAUUGGCUGCAGUGCCCACGAUGGGCGUCGCCGGAAUCAUGUCCUUCUAUUGCUAUCGAUCCACUGGGACAACAUGGCCGAAAGUACGGGGACAGGCAGAGGACAUUCUGAAACGUAUUCCCAAAGCACAAUUUAAAGGGAAACUUUGCCUCGUGCCAAUUACUAGAAAGUAAAGCACUGCCGCACCUUUCCUUGUACUGUAUCAUGUGACUCGGGCUGCUCCCAGAAUCCCUUUCUGUGCCUUGCACUGCGUGGCCUUAAUUUAUUGAAUCGGCUGCCAUUUUGUUUUUAUUAGGGAUGCACCAAAAUCCACUAUUUUGUAAUAUUCUAGGACAGUUUGCAGUUGGUCUUCAUUUUUUUAUUAUUUGUAGUUUAUUUUUUUUUUUCACUUUUUGUUCAGCAGCUAUCUGGUUGCUAGGGUCCACAUUACCUUAGCAACCAGGGAGCAGUUUGAAUAAGAGACUGGUAUAUGAAUAGGAGAAGGGCUGAAUAGAAAGAUAAGGAAUAAAAAGUAACAAAACUGGAGCCUCACAGAGCAAUAGGUUUUGGCUGACAGGGUCAGUUAUCCUGUUGCUAGGGUCCAAAUUACCUUAGUAACCAGGCUGUGCUUUGAAUGAGAGACUGAAAUAUGAAUAGAAAGAUAGUUACUUUUUAUUCCUUAUCUUUCUAUUCAUAUUUCAGUCUCUCAUUCAAAGCACAGCCUGGUUACUAAGGUAAUCUGGACCCUAGCAACAGGAUAACUGACCCUGUCAGCCUAAACCUAUUGCUCUGUGAGACUCCAGUUUUAUUGUUGUUAUUGUUACUUUUUAUUCCUUAACAAUAAAACUGGAGCCUCACAGAGCAAUAGGGUUUGGCUGCCGGGGUCAGUGACCCCCAUUUAAAAGCUGCAAAGAUGUAGGAAAAUAAUUCAAUAACUAUAAUGAAGACCAAUUGAAAAGUUGCUAAGAAUAGGCCAUUCUAUAACGUACUAAAAGUUUACUGAAGGAUUAACCACCCCUUUAAAGUGACCUGUGUUUAUGUGACCUGGAUUUGGGGCACCCCGUUAUUUUUAUUCCCCCACUGGUGCAAUUAAAGGGGCGCACUGUUAUUUCUGAUACAGAUUUUGUGUGUUUGUUCAGUAUUAUCGUUCGCGCCCUCGCUAGCAAACCAAAGAGCUUAUUGGCCGGCAGUAUAAGUGAAUGGGGCCCCCUGUGCCUUGUGAGAUCUCUGUUUCUGUGUAUGUCUAUAGUCUUUGCCAUAAAGCAGCGCCAUUGUGCCGGAAAGGAAGCAGAGACACACGAGCUCCGUACCAGAAACUGACAUUGUUUUCAGAUACAAAUAAAGAGUUUUUGUUUAA